AUGGAAGCAGCAUUUUUCCUCCACAGCAUUUCUCAUUUAUUUGCUUCCUCUGUGGAUUCUUGUGAGGACAGACUGCAAGGCAGUGAUCUAUUUUUCACUCUCUGCAACAAAUCUGAGAACAAUUACGAGCAUCGCCGAGAGGAAGAACAAACUGAUUUAUCUGCUUGGAUGGGGGAAAAAAACGUCUUUGACUGGUGGAUCUUACAAAAAAAUGCACCCAAGAAGGGCUCCAAGAGAGCGGUGACUAAAACCGCCGGAAAAGGAGGAAAGAAAAGAAAGAGGACCAGGAAGGAGAGCUAUGCCAUCUACGUUUACAAGGUGCUGAAGCAGGUCCACCCCGACACCGGAAUCUCGUCAAAGGCCAUGAGCAUCAUGAACUCAUUCGUCAACGACAUCUUUGAGCGCAUCGCCUCCGAGGCUUCCCGCUUGACUCACUACAACAAGCGAUCCACCAUCACCUCAAGGGAGAUCCAGACUGCUGUCCGCCUCUUGCUCCCCGGUGAACUGGCCAAGCACGCCGUGUCUGAGGGCACCAAGGCCGUUACCAAAUUCACCAGCUCCAAGUAAACUGCUGCCAACUACUAAUACACCAACUAGCUAAAUUAUAAAAAUUAGCCAUUUUUAUAUUUUGCUUGUUUUUACGUUAUUGUAUUUUGCACAACUGUUACUGUGAAACUCGCACACAAGAAUUUCACUCGCAUGUACUGUACCAGUGUACCUGCACAUGUGACGUGACAAUAAAAGUGAUUUGAUUUG